AGCAGGGGGCUGAGCUGAUCCCACGUGUGACGCUUUCAUUCCCGGCUCAGUAAUAUUCUCAUAGCGGGGCUUUGCAUAUCUCCUGCCCGUAUCUGUGUGUGUCUGUCACUGUUACUGUAGUCCCAGCCUAUAGUUUGAAAUAGAUAUGGAAGCAGACGGGAGUCAAGCCACAUCCGGAAGCCUAAAUGAUUCACAACAUGACCCGGGUAAAAUGUUUAUCGGUGGCCUCAGCUGGCAAACCUCACCAGACAGCCUUAGAGACUAUUUUAGUAAAUUCGGAGAAAUAAGAGAAUGUAUGGUGAUGAGAGACCCCACGACAAAACGCUCAAGAGGAUUUGGGUUCGUAACGUUUACAGACGCCGCCAGUGUAGAUAAAGUCUUAGCUCAACAACACCACGAAUUAGACUCAAAGACGAUUGAUCCUAAGGUUGCCUUUCCACGUCGCGCCCAGCCUAAGAUGGUCACAAGAACAAAGAAAAUAUUUGUGGGUGGCUUGUCAGCCAAUACAGUAGUGGAGGACGUGAAGCAGUAUUUUGAACAGUUUGGGAAGGUCGACGAUGCCAUGCUUAUGUUUGAUAAGACAACUAACAGACAUAGAGGAUUUGGCUUCAUAACUUUUGAGAGUGAAGACAUCGUAGAGAAAGUCUGUGAAAUUCAUUUUCAUGAAAUCAAUAACAAAAUGGUAGAAUGUAAGAAGGCCCAGCCCAAGGAGGUGAUGUUCCCACCAGGGACACGAGGGCGAGCCAGGGGUCUGCCCUACACCAUGGAUGCCUUCAUGCUGGGAAUGGGCAUGCUGAGCUACCCUAAUAUUGUGGCAACGUACGGACGCGGAUACACUGGAUUCGCACCCAGCUACAGCUACCAGUUCCCAGGCUUCCCAGCGACAGCAUACGGACCGGUGGCGGCGGCGGCGGUAGCAGCAGCACGUGGCUCAGGCCUCCCCGAUUAUGGGUUUUACUCUACGCCCAGUGACCAGAGGGGGGGGCCCUGCUCCUUUGCUGACUAUGGCUCCCUGGGGCCCCAAGCGGCUCAGAUGCUGCACAGUGAGCAUGCCACCUCCGCCUGCAACUCCCCCCUCCAGCACCUACACAGCCCGGAUCAAUUUAAGAACCCAGGUGCCAACCAGUCAAGGCCCGGAGGUUUCCCCGGUGCAAACAGUCCAGGGCCCGUGGCCGACCUGUACGGACCUAGCAGCCAGGAUUCAGCUGUGGGCAACUACAUCAGUGCUGCUAGCCCUCAGCCCGGCUCCGGGUUUGGCCCCGGCAUCGCACAGCGUAUAUCUGGUGGCCCCGGAAAGACCGGACGGAGUUUCUAAUUGGCUUUGUGUGCAGGUGAUGCUAUCCAACUCCAAGCACUACAGCGUCACCUCAGCAAAAAGAACGAAAGUCGGAACCAUAUGAAGAAGAAAAGAAAGUCAUCUCAGAAAAUAACAACUGCUGUACUAUAAUCCAAACCUCCUAUAACUUUACAACCUGGUUUGGUAUGAUGUUUCACGUCAGUCUCAUUCACCAAUUUCCUUCCUCUGUUAUCUUUUGUUUUGGUUAGUUUUUAGGGAGUCAUUUUAGUUUUAACUUUCAUUUUUGCGUCAUUUUAUUUGAUCGUAUAUUUGUGUAAAUGGAUUUUUGUUUGAAGUUUGGGGGUCAUAGCCAAGAAUAUCUGCAAGUCAUGUCUUCGUCAUUGGAGUGUAAAGGAGAAAUGAUUGGAUCUUCCAUUCAGUCUUUUCUGCAAAAAAAAAAAAGCUCAGUGUGGAGAGAAACGGAAGGAAAAAAAAAUUAAGGAAACUUUAAAGAGUGUAUCAAAGUAAUAAAUCUUAGUAGCUGUUUUAUUUCUUGUGAUGUCUCAUUGUUAACCAUGAUUACCUAUUUUUGGGCAAUACAAAGAGGACUCCAAUAUUUUUAUGGUCCUUUUUUAUAAGUGUUGUUUUUGUUGUUUAGAAAAAUAUAUAUAUAUAUGCUAUAACAAAUUUCAUAUAACUACAUUGUGAAUUCAAACUUGAGAAAAAUAAAUGUAGCUGUACAUAUUAUUCCAGUCACUGCAUAUAACCAACUCAGUGAAAGAAUAGCAUAUUUUUGUGAUGGUGUGUCAAAAGAACAUGUUAUAGCGUGUGAAUAGAGGAAAAGCGGUAAACGGUGAUUAUACUUUUUCUGCUGGAAGACGGUAAAACGACCCCAGAGACAAACAGAACACACCUUCUCUGUAAAUACCCGAAGCCGAAUAAUUUUACAAGUGUCAUACCAGCAAAUUUACAAGUGAAAUGAGUUAAAUCAACAAAAAAAAGAGAGCCUGAUUGGUAUCUUUUGUUUAACUUUUACGAUAUCAGUAUCAUUUCAAGGAGAGAGAGAAAGUUGAGAAAAAAAAAGAUUUCAUCCAAAGCACACUGUACUUCGAUGUGAAGAUUGGAGCUUGAAGCGGGCAUUUUACUGUGCUCUGAGUGCGUCCUGACACUUUUAUACUCUACAAAAGAACUUAGGUGUUUGUUAUUGUUUGUUUCAUCCUACUUGUUCCCGAUGUGUUUUGUGAAACACAACACAACACAACACCCAGUGGAGAUCUGGGCUUUGUGCUGCAGCCUUUAUGUGCCGAUUGUUCUCUGAAUCUGUUCUUUUAUUAUUAUUAAUAUUAUUUGACUUAAUUAGGAAAGUAAACAUUUUGAUACCAUACCUCAGCUUUUGCGAGUUCUGUUGUGGAAUCAUCGGCAGGUUUUAAUUUAUUCUAGUGGCAAAAUAAGGAAAAACACUGAACGGUAAUAAAGCGAGUAAUCAUUGCACUGUGAGUAGUAAAGUACAGGCCAUUUUCCUAUUUGCACAUGUAUAUGUCGGCUUUUUAAAAAAACGGCCCUGUGCUUUGGGAUAGUAUGAAGGAUGUUGGCGUUAACGUAUUCUCGUCACUUCAGAGCUCUGAGGUGAGUCAACAGCUUGGGGAGCCGUAACUGGUAUGUUGCAGUGUACACUUGGAUCUCUUUAUAUAUUAGAACCGUGUCUCAUCUAAAGAUAUUUAUACAGGGUUAAAAGAUGACACAGAAUUAUUCACUUGUGUGUAUGGCGAAUGAUUUUACUCACGACAAACAUUUAAUAAUAAUAUGCUCCAGUCCUGUUUUUAGCAGUCAUCCAUGGAAUGAAUGGUGUGUUUUCUGAAUUACUUUACCUGAGGAAGGUGUGCUUGUUGUUUUCAUUUUACCUACUUCUUGUCUGAUUUCUUUUAUUUCAAAACAACCAGGUAAAGAAAUAUGCUGGAUACUUCUAAAGUAAAUGAUAUGGAGGUGUGAUCAAGUAAUAAUUUAAAGAGUAAAGAAAAAAAAAACUUGUAUUGUUCAAAUGUAAAAGAAAACAAGAAAUACAAAACUAUAAAAAAAGAAAGAUGCUUCUUUGCUGAUUUCACGUUUAAUCAGAGUUUUAUUGAUACUUUGUGGUUUAUAUAUUAAUACUUGUAAUAUACUAUUAAAAUGUACUGUGCAUCCAUUGCUUUCUCUCUUUCCAUUCCCCAUUCUCAGAGGUCCUUUUGUUGGUCAUUCAUGUAUUUCAUUAGUGUGUAAAGAAAUCACAGUUAACUUGUAAACAGAGUGCUGUCUUUGAUACCAGUGUAGUGGUCUUUGUUGUUCUCCCUUGCUCUACCUCUCCUUUCUCUCAUAUUUAUCCCUUCACCUCUCGCGCUCUUUUUAUAUCUCCUGUAAUUACAAAGUAGAUGUUAUAUAGGACUCAUUAAUAUAAUACUUGUAGUGAAUAGUGGAUUUAGGACCAGUCAAGAUAGACCCUACUCUAAAUGAUCAUGUUGUUCUGAGAUUUGCAGUCAAUUAUUUUGAUAGCGGUUCGUAGUAAUUUAUUCCCUGUAUGUUUUGUUUUUGGUUCGGUUUUUGCCACUCACAUGGUUUCAGCUAACCAAAGCUCUCAUGGAUCAACAAUAGAGAAACAGUUGCUGUGAGAUGGAAUUGUACACAAGGCAUUAUUUGGAUCCCCACCCUUGAAUGUUUUAAAAGGGGUGUGCCGUACUACCUUAAAUACUAACGCUAGAUAUGCAAAACAGUUUUUUUUUUAUUACUUUCUAAGAGGGACACAAGUUAUAAUCAUGGACAAAGAUUUUAUGUAUGAAGUAUUUCCUAUUUUUUUAAGAAACAUGCCAAUGAUUAUCUCACCAGUCAUAAUACCAGUCAUACCGUUUAAAUAGCAUGUUUAGACCGUCCUUAUUUCUCUAAAAGACUGAUCAAUAUGUCUAAUCAUUCAAAGCAUAGAUUCUGAGAGCGAGCUUUUGUUUUAAUCAGCAAUCAACGUUAUUCACUCAUAUUGAUAUCAAGAGAAGCGUUAGUUUUGACAUUUUUUUAAAAGGCCUUCUUCAAAAGACUGUAGACUUUGGUCUUCAGAGCAAUAUUAGCAGCUGUUAAAGACUUUGCUGUGAAUCCGGGGACUCCCGUCUCCUCUGAUAUUUAAACUAGUUUAAAAGCUCUCAGCCACAAUAAGGUACCAUGUCGAAGGACCUUCAUUAUUCAAAGACAUUAGAUUCCACAAACAGCCGUUUCGGGCAAAUACAAACCCAUUAGAAAGCAUCAAGCUGUGUCACUCAGCGAGUUAUGUCUUGAGUAUCAUUUCAAUGAAACAUAAUUCAGGUUCAUCUGGGUUAUCUCAUUAUUUUACCUCAUGGGGUCUUAAAUUGUAAUUCCAUUACAUUGAUAAAUGACGUUAAUGUCAAUUCGUUUUUCUCAUCCAGUAUAUACUGUCAAACUACAUGCAGUAAGCACAGUAUUUCUGCUUUUAUUAUGAUGCUAAAAGUCACAUUAUCCCAUUGAACCGGAAAGCAUACAGGACAGUGUGUUACUUAGAAAUAAAUAGACAAUGUCCACGUAUCAAAUAAUAUUUAACUUAAUUGUAAAAAGAUAAAAGCAUCUAAUCCCAUUGGACAAAGCAGGGAAAUGUGGUAUCUGGAAAAAGCAAGGAAAGCUCAAAUAACAUCUAUUUAAAGAGAUUACAUGUUUCAAGUAUUCAUUUUCACCAUUUUUAGUGUUAAAUAUGUCAGUAGAAAAACAAUAAUUCAAUCGGUGUACCAACUUAUGUGUAAUGGUAAAGUUAGACAGGGUAAAAAAAAGUGUUCCUCUUGUUUCAUUUGAAGCGUUGCUUCGUCCUUUAUUUUAAUAUUUUAUCAAAGAAUAAACUAUAACUCAAACCACUUAAAAACCAAUAUUCGAAGCUUGUUGGGAGCCGUAGUUUCUUUACAUUUUGGGUGCAACAAGUAUUAAAUACAUGAUUUAUCUUUUCUCCCUGCCUGGUGGCAGGUGAACCCUUUAUGACCGAUGGCUCCUUUUCCCUCACACAAUAUAAAAAUGGACUUGUCCAUUGUUUUGUGAUCCUUUAGCUUGGACUUUAAGGUAGCAUGGCUCGGUUGCUGUAAUUUCAUUUUAUCUCAAACUGACAGCAGUUUACAGCUAAUGAAUGUUACACAUCUUAGUAGAUUAGCUUAUCCAUUUGGAAAAAGGGGAGGGGUCUUGAUUUAAAUAAAAAAAUAUAUAUAAUCAAAAAAGAAAAAAAGUCAACCUGGAAUGUGUUGACAUUUGUAGUGUACUACCGUAUCCAUUUAAACUUGAAUCUUGAGGCAAGUGCUAGGCAAUGGCCAAACAAUUUAUCCCAUCCGCUGUGGGAGAAGCCCCCCCUGAAACGCCACACACACCUGUGAGAUUUCUGUCCUCUGGAAUCAGUUUUAUGGAUAAGAGCGACUGUCUCCCUGGAGCAGGGACAUCAGACGAGGACAGUCUCUGUUUCCAAUUCAUACAACAGACUUUGAAGGCUCAUAGAACUUUCCUAAGCAUUUGUACCAAAGAGCGUGUUAUUCAUUGGGGUGCUAAUGGUUUCAAAGCGUUAUGCACGAUGUACCAUUAGGCACAACGUCCCGUAUCCCCCAGGAUGCUGGAGGCUGUCGCAGUGAUCACAAAGUUAGUCUCCUGGUCCACAAAGCAACUCUCAACCAACCCAAACCUUUCUACUGUCGGCUCUCUUGCUUCGGAACAAAGAUCGGUUUGUGUUCACAAAUUUAGACUGAAAGCCUUUGAGGUGACAGAAAUAGCAGGAGUUCAACUGUUCUGUCGCGUUUCAGGGCGAGUUCCCCCCUUCAGUCCAAAACCACCGACAUCUCUCCAAUGCUCAUUGCUGAAUAUACACAACCGCGAUGUAUACGUGUAUAGACGAAUACAUCUAUACAUUGUCAAUGUAUACAAUGUUAGACUGGAGACCUCAGCUGUAUACAGUGUACUCUUCACACGGCGCACACCCAGGUUCAUUAUUAGCUCCUUCACCAACGCGUGAGUUCACCCCCCCGGCGUGUUGUGGAGUUUGGAGCAAACCGCGCGGCCUAGAGGGGAGCCUGGAAGCUCUCCAGGCCGCAUGGACGGCAGUGUGAGGCUCUGCUGUGCUUCCGUGUUUCUGCAGGCUGAGGCACCGAGCUCUCUUCACUGCUGUCAGCCCAUUCCUAACACUUGCCCCCUUUUUUUUAUGUUAACCGACUUUUUAUGGCGAGAGACAGACAGACUUGACUGACAUCUGAAAGCAUCUUUCAGGUUAUCAUAUGGCUUGCUUAAGCCCUGUUGUAAAAAUAUACUAAAAGAAAAAAAGAUGAUAAUGACAAUAAUAAUAAUGGAUGGGGGUCUCUCACAUAUCAAAUGUGGAAAGUCUAAUUUUAUAUUUGUAUUUUCAAAUAAUAAUAUUGACAAAAAAUGUCUGUGAAAGGUUUCCAUCCUCUACUGUGGUCCAGAAAUUGAUGUGUCUGUCUGGAAAAUAAAUAAAAUAAACUGAAUUGUUAUAUGA